AUGAAUUCAUCUGACUAUUCAAUCUUUGAAUAAUACCCAACAAGAAUGAGAUCUUUAUGGAUUCAAGGUUAACCAACAUACUCAGAAAUAGAUCGUCAAUUACGAUAAUCUCCAAAUGAUAGCCCAAUUUACAUUAAGGAUCAGUGUGAUCAAUUGAUUGCCAGACCUUAAUACUAGUUGGUUAAUUAAUACUUGAUUUCAACUAAUUGUUUUGUUAAUAUAAGUAAUCUAAAUUUAAAGAGCAUAACUCAUAACGAAGUACAAGGUUUGUAAUUGUCAGGGAAAAAUGAAUUUUUUUAGUUGUUUGGUGAAGAACACGUAAUUUAGAAAUGGAAAUCCUACAUAGCUAAAUACACAAUCCAAAGGAAUUUUUUAAAGCACUAUAAGAUACUCAAACUUAUUGGGUAGGGAUCACACGCAAAAGUGUACAAAAUCUAGAAGAAAUAAGAUUCAAGCAUUUUUGCUGUCAAAAUUUUUAAAAAAGCGAAAAUAGUAUAAAAAGAGAAAGGAGCAAGCUUGGUUUUGGAGAUAGAUGUGAUGAGAAAACUUGACCAUGAGAAUGUUAUUCAACUUUAUGAAGUUUUUGAAGACUCGGAAAAGGUGUAUUUAAUUAUAGAUCAUCUGCGAGGAGGGGAUCUAUUCAAGAAGGUAUAAAACUCUUUGGAAGAUUAUUCUGAGCAUGUUGUUUAGAAUCUAAUGAAUAAUAUUUUAAAUUCCUUAAAAUAUCUACAUGCUAAGAAUAUAAUCCAUAGAGAUAUCAAGCCAGAAAACAUGAUUUUUAGAACUAAAUCUAAUAUGAUAGAUAUUGUCAUUGCAGACUUCGGUCUUUCUGAUAUUUACAAUGAAAAUAAGAUCUAUUUAUUUUAAAAAUGUGGCACAGUUGGUUAUGUUGCCCCAGAGGUUUUAAAGGACUAAGCUUAUAAUCAUAAAGUAGACAUUUUUUCAGCAGGUGUGAUCUUAUUUGUUUUACUUACUGGAUAAAUGCCAUUUGCUAAUUAUGAAAAUAGUGAAGAAUUAUUAAUGAGUAAUUAUUUUUGUCGAAUCGAUUACGAUAAGUUUCACAAUAAAAAUAUUAGUGAAUAAGCUUAGAGUUUGGUGAAAUUACUUUUAGAAGAAAAUGUAUCUAAAAGACCUACAGCCGAGGAAGCUUUAUUGCAUGAAUGGUUUACUAAUCCAAAAACAGAAACUUUUUGUAAUCUGCCAGUCAAUUUAGUUCCUUAAAUGUGCAUUUGUAAAAACUAAGAUAACAUUAUUAAAAGCAGCACUCCUUUGUGGGGCUAAAAGGGAAGUUUUUGUGAUUCUCCACUCUUAUAAAAAUAAAAUUAAAAUGAGGAAAAUUAAUUUGAAUCUAAAUACUUCAAAAGUUUAAUUUAAUCUUAAAAUGAUUAUUUUGUGAUUGAUGAUGAUUUUAUUGAAGAAGAUAAAACAUUAUCUACUAUGGUUCCUAAGUAUCACAUGUUAAUAAGAUAGAGAAGCAUUGAUUGA